CUCAGCGCCAAGCCAUCCUUCGUCGCCCCCAUCCACCCGUCUGCAGGGAAAAAACGGUCACCAAAAGCCAUCAACCUCCUUUAACUGCUGUGUGCGGACCUCAUCCAAAAAUAAACGCAAGUUUUUCUAGGUAUUGAAGGGCCAGAAAUAAAAUCGUUCAAAUUAGCAUUUGUCUCGGGAUAUGCCUCCCUCGUGGGCUCGAUCCCUUUCUGCCCGUAAGUCCAAUCGGCAUUGCAUUGGGAUUUUAUCUAGAUUAGCAUCCUUGCACACCCAUUUUGGUUUCAUUGAUUCUAAACUCUGUCAAGCUGAAGCUAAGGCGUUUCCGUUUUCUAGCAGUAGCUCUACUGAAACGAAAUAUGGUUCAUCCAAUUCUCAUUUCACAAAGAGAGAUAUUGGAACAACAAAUUUGGGUUCAAGAUGCCGUGAAUUGGUCACUCUACCACAUCCUGCUGUUUUUCCCAAUAUGAGAAAGUUUUGCACUGUGUUGACGCGAGAAUUUGAUGCUGGCGAGCAUAAAGCUGUAUUUUCCGCAGCACAAUCAGUUGAUUUCACUGAGAUUGCAAUUGACAGACUUCCAACCGUUGUCAUAGUAGGCCGACCUAAUGUUGGGAAAUCAGCACUGUUUAAUCGGUUGAUACGAAGGAGGGAAGCCCUUGUGUACAACACACCUGCUGACCAUGUUACACGAGAUAUUAGAGAUGGGGUUGCCAAAUUAGGUGAUUUGAGGUUCAUGGUGUUGGAUUCUGCAGGCUUAGAGGCAGAGGCUUCUUCUGGUUCAGUUCUCCAAAGAACUGCAGAAAUGACCGGGAAUGUCCUUGCAAGAUCUCAGUUUGCACUAUUCUUAAUUGAUGCACGAGAGGGAUUGCAGCCAAUGGAUUUAGAUGUCGGAAAGUGGUUGAGGAAGCAUGCGUCUGGGAUUAAGAUUGUUGUGGUUAUGAAUAAAGCUGAAGCACUUGCUGAUAGUGAUGGUUCCCUUGCUGCUGCUGCAGGUGAGGCAUAUAGACUUGGAUUUGGGGAUCCUAUUGCUGUAUCUGCUGAAACUGGGUUUGGCAUGGCUGCACUUCAUGAAACACUCCGACCAUUACUUGAGGAAUAUGUGCUCCAAAAUCUAAAUGAUAAUGAAGAUAACAAUAAUCAGGAACAAGAAUCCUCUGUGGGCAUGGAAACCAAAUUGCCAUUACAGUUGGCUAUUGUAGGGCGUCCAAAUGUUGGAAAAUCAACAUUGUUGAAUGCAAUAUUACAAGAAGAGCGUGUUUUGGUUGGGCCAGAAGCUGGAUUGACUAGAGAUUCGAUCCGAGCACAGUUUCAUUAUGAAGGACGGACAAUUUAUUUGGUCGACACUGCUGGUUGGUUGGAAAGGACAAAGCAGAAGGGUCCAUCAUCUUUGAGUAUAGUGCAGUCAAGGAAACAUCUAAUGCGUGCCCAUAUAGUUGCAUUGGUCCUUGAUGCAGAGGAGGUUGCUAAAGAUAGGCGCAGCAUGAAACAUGUUGAAGUGCUUAUUGCAAGAAGAGCUGUGGCGGAAGGACGGGGUUUGGUCGUCGUUGUGAACAAGAUGGAUCUUCUCAGAGGGAAACAAAAAGCAAAAUUAUACCAGAGUGUUAUAAAGGCUGUCCCUGAAGAAAUUCAGACAGUAAUACCCCAGAUCACAGGAAUUCCUGUUGUAUUUGUUUCAGCACUUGAAGGAAUGGGGAGAAUAGCUGUGAUGCGUCAGGUCAUUGAAACCUAUGAAAAGUGGUGUCUAAGAUUGUCUACUGCUCGUCUCAACCGCUGGCUAAUCAAGGUGAUGAGUAGACAUUCUUGGAAAGAACAUGCAGCUCAACCCAAGAUUAAGUACUUCACUCAAGUGAAAGCCAGACCACCAACUUUUGUUGCCUUUGUGAGUGGUAAAAACCAGCUCUCUGAUACAGACCUGAGGUUCCUAACAAAAUCAUUGAAGGAAGACUUUGAUUUGGGCGGCAUUCCAGUUAGGAUAUUGCAGCGGGCAGUAGAAAAGAAUUCCGUGAAUAAUAAACGAUUGAAAAAGAAUGUGCAAUCUAUUGAGAAAGUAGUCGAAAGGCCUGUUUCGGACAAGCGAAGCAUUGUUCCAUUAGAAAACAGCACAACUUAAAGUAAGCUAUUGUCAUCAUACUCUGCUGUGCAGAUUUUUGUUUAUAUAUUUAUCUUUGUGGAAAGGUGAUCAUGUGCCCUUAUCUUUGGUUUUGGUACAUGAUAUGGUUGAUCAUUGAAUAUCAGGCUUGUUAUCUACCUGUUGUAGCUCAAAAUGAUUAUUCGUUAUCUGAGAGCCUUUUGGUUUUUUAAAUUCAUUCUAAAUAUUCGUUAU